AUGGACCAGUUGCAUGUGGCUACUCGCGAAUUUCUUCCUCCCACAACAAAUUAUUCAAUGAUUUCAAGUUCUAAAUCGGAAAGGAAAAAACAAACGAAAAACAAUUUGAAGUUGGAAGGAACUUCUCUGUUUUCGGUGCUCAUGGUCAUGGAGAGAAGUUGUUUCCUCUUGUCAAUCACCUUCUUGCUGGUGCUGCAACUGCAGUACAGUUCUAUAGGCACAGUAGGUGCAACACAAACCAACAUCACCACGGACCAGUCUGCUCUUCUUGCUCUUAAAGCCCAUGUCACUAGUGACCCUCACAACAUCUUGGUCAAUUGGUCAACGACCAACUCCGUUUGCAAUUGGGCUGGCGUUGUUUGUGGUGCUCGUCACCUCAGAGUAGCAUCAUUGAAUCACUCGUACAUUGAUCUCACAGGCACCAUUCCACCAUACUUAGGCAACCUCUCAUUUCUUGUUGAGCUGGACUUAGGAAACAAUAGUUUUCAUGACACCCUGCCCCAUGAAUUGUCUUAUUUGCGUCGCCUCAAGUUUAUCAGCUUCAAAUUCAACAAUUUUACAGGAUAUAUUCCAUCGUGGUUUGGGUCCUGCUCCAGACUUCAAAGUAUCAAUUUGCGUGGCAAUCAGUUUUCAUGUUCUAUACCGACAAUUAUCUUCAACUUGUCUGCAUUGCAAGACAUAGAUCUAAGCGCUAACAAACUAUCAGGUACGUAUGUGUCAACAAGUGGUGGUUGUAAUGAAGGUGGAGGUGGAGAUGGAGGAGUUGGUGGUGGUGGUGGUGGUGGUGGUGCUGGUAGGUGA